GAACUAGGGUGUGUGUUACUUUUGAAGGUGUUCUGAUUGCACUGGCUGCUUACACUAAGUAGUGUAGUGACAGCUGUACAACCGGUUGGGAGAUAUGGUGUCAAAAGAAUCCGACUUUACCUGCACAUGAGAACAACACAUGCACCGGAAGUGACGUACCAAGAAAACACGGAAGACGAGAUGAAUGAGAACCUCGCAGUGGCACUAGCGGGAAAGCUGUCAUAUGAGUCACGUGAUGUUGGGAGAGUCUGGAAUUUACUUCGAGGGCCUUACUAUCAGCACAAUCAGCUCGUGCGGCAUGCUCAGAAACUGAAGUUGGAGAACACCGAAAGCGGUCCACGGUAUUUUCGUCUUCUACCACUAGGUGGCGGUUACAGCAUAGCGACAGACGCCGCUGUUUUUGUGAUCUGGCUCCUAGUUUUCGUGUACCCAUUCGCUGCCAUAGGGACAGCUUGUUUCUGUCGGAAUGUGGUAAACAUUAUCAGCGCCGUUAUUCUGGCCAUGCUUAUAACCUUUCAUAUCGGAUGCAUGUGGUUGGCGAGCAAAAACUGGAAGAAAUUAAAACAUAGCUGGUACUUUACAAAGAUAGCAAUGCCAAAUCUCUUUGGCAUGGAGAACCGACUGACAAAUAUCACAACCGAGACUUUAAACCAAACCGACCAUUUAAACAAAUCGCAGAAACAGAUCAUUCUAACAAAGCUACAUUCAGAGAAAAUGGAGAAUGGAAAAGUUCUGGUGAUGAUUGUAAGUGACGUAUACUGGAAGACCAAGGUAUUGGAUCCCAUUAUAUUACUCUCCGUCAUGGCCACAGCCAACCUUGUGUCAUUGAUAUUACAAAUAGAGUUUUACAAAAGUGACGGAGUUGCGUGACCACAGUUGCAGGGUAGCAGUUGAUGUCGAGACAGGGAAACAUAGCAGCUGACACCUUCGGAACUUUCGCCAAUCCAGGAUUUAGGCCAGCCUACGGGCCGUAUUGAUUUAAGAAAUCGGAGAAACAGAGGGGUGUAGGCCUUACUGGUAUGACAAAUCAGAUAAAUAGAGCAGUUUACGAACUACAGUUAUGGCAAAUCAGAGAAAUAGAGGGGUACGCUGACUGUACUGGUAUGACAGUUCACCCUGGUGGAGCCCUGGUCAUACAGGCCCUACUGAUACAUGCAUUAACAGGUACAAAUAUGAUCAGCCAUAUAAAUGGAGAAACAUAAAGUCCGAUGUGCUAUGACAAGUGACACCAUAACGUGUGUGGAUGAGGAAAUACUAUAGUGCUUGUCCCUUUGAUAACGAGUCUUAUGUAUUGACUGUUUUAUGGGUAGAGGAAAGCGGAUUGUGUGUGAAUAAACCAUGGUUAUUUGUAUCGGACCAAAAUCCUGACAUAGAGCAGUGGCGGACGCAAUUAGAGUUGAACACGAGACCUCAAACAUCUUGUUCAGAUAAGCAGCAAGCCACUUCACUGAAUUAUAUUGCUUUACUUUAUAUACCAGUGGUAACAAUGAAGCCAAUUUAUUUAUCGUUAUCCCAGCUUCCCCCUACCGUAUCUUUGAGUACGGCGUAAAAUACCAAUGAAAUAAAUAAAUAAAUUUAGCGUUACUUAAUAUGGAGAACAAAGCUAUACUUCAAACGUGUUCGGAUCACGGUGGGCUUUUUAAAAUUGUAUUUGCUUGAUUACUAUUAUGUAGUCCACCGACACUUGGUAAUUAAGUUGCUGACGAACUUUCCUGUGUGUUAGGCAUAGACAUUGAUCCACACUAUGUUGAUGAAAGCAAAGAAGUUUUCAACGAACCCUAGACUGCGCAACUCGAACCCGUAUUUUUGUGUCCUUGACAGACAAGCACCAUUAACCACUCGGUCAGGACGCAUUCCUUGUAAAAUUAAAUGGAAAGCGCCGGUAACACUCAAUUUGUAUGUGGUUUGGCGUCCUUGUUACUGUCUCGCAGGGUUGACCAAUGGGUUACCCAAACGUCAGAAUUGUUCUUCCCAAUGCCCUUUUUGCACUGCGUCUGAGAAGAACACUGAUGAUAAGUUGUUUCUGUGAUGUUUGUUGUUUCU